GGAUGUUAACAAAGUGGACACUUUGUUAAGAGGCUGACUGAUGCACAGCUCCACUCUCACUUAGUGAAUACUGGAAGAAGAAGAAAAGGCUUUAAAUUGUGAACAUUCAGAGCUGAACAGAUAUGGAACCGUCUCCACUGGUUGAAUACAGGCCUCGAAGCGCCGUGUCCUUUUCAUGUCUUGUUGUGAUGAAUAUUAUCUGGUGGAUGGUCAUGAUUGCAGCCAUUGGUUUGGGGGCCAUGCAUCUGAGGAAUUGUCCUGUUCAGCCCAGAAUCCCCCUUUACCUGAUAGUGCUGGGAGCAGUCACCCUCUUCGCUCUGUCUCUGACCUACACCAGGCCCUCCUGGGGGGACGGCAGGGCCGCCAUCCUGUGCUCGACCACCCUGGUCAUCCUGCACCUCUUCAGUUUCAGCUGGUACAUUGCAGGUUCUACCUGGGUUUAUCCUAUCUAUCCUCCUAACUACGCUGAAACAUCUGAAAUAUCAAGGUACUGCCAGAAGACAACCUACAUGUUUGCCUUCGUGGUCACCACCGUGGUGUGGAGCACUUCGGUCCUCACGAUCUUCUGCGGCUGUUGCUUCGGUCUACUGACCUGCUGUAAGACUGUGAGGGCAGGAAGCAGGUUGAUACCAAGCCGCAGCUCUUUCUAUGGUGCCACCAGUGAUUCUCAAGAUGCUGUAGCUGGUGAUGUGUGAUUUUAAUUUUUGUUUUUGCCAAAUUUUGGCAGUAGGGCUUCUGUUCUGUAAUUGCUGGCAGCUACACAUAAACUGCACACUUUUCAAAAACAUUUUUUCUCUUCCUGUAGAUCCUUGAAGAAAGGUGCCAGUUACUUCACUUGAGACUUGAGUAACAUUUUUGCAACAUUUCAGUAUGUUGGGUUUCUGUUACAGCACAAAACGUGCCAAGCCGAGGCCGAUCUGUGCAGCUUAAUUCAACACGAGUCAUCCUUUACAGGGUGUUCAGUCAAAUUUACAGCUCUGUCACAUCACGUGCUUCCUGUUGACACCAACAGAUGUUAGAUAAUCUAGUGGCAGCUAAUAUUGAUUCAGCAUAGAGAUAGAGAAUACAUUAUCAUUGGUAGUGCGUUUCUCUGUGUGUAAUAGAUUUUUUUUCCUGUAGUGUAUUAUUUCUUUCUUGAUUUCACCCCAUAUGAUGGUAUUGUAACAAUGA